ACAAUUUUUGCAAUUUGCAUUUACAAAAUGUAUACAUGUACAUGUAUCAGAAACUACUGAAAAUUGAAUAGUAUAUAAGUAACAUUAGACUUCUGCUUCUGCUGUAUGGUGGUUGCCAUCACUUCUGAUUAUUCUGCCACUUAUAGUGAAACAACAGGCUUUAUUUAGAGCUUCUCAGUAGCAUGGCUCUACUAUGUUGUUGGACAGGGAUAAAACUGUUUCCACCGAUGUCAAAAAUGAAAUUAAAACACAGAAGAAGAUAUUCUGAAAAUCUUCACAAUGGACAAACUAAUACACAAUUUUUGACAAAAAAUGGAGAAAAAAUGGAUGUAGACAACAAAACGGAUUCCAUGGAAACAGAAAAUAUGGUUAAUAGUAAAGUCCUGUCAGCUGGACCGGAAGGAGAUAGUAUUGAAACAAUUGGUAAUGGUCCGAAAUAUGACGAUAUUAAAAUCUCCAAAGACGGUGAUAAUUUUGUGAAUAUUGACACUGUGAAAAAGCCGUUUUCUGAUUUUAUACAUUUGGAUAAUAUGUCGGCAAUGUCUGGUGACAGUGGCGGAAUACAGGAUACACACUCCAUAGCCAGUAUGACAGCAUCGGGAACAAGUUCUAGUAAUAAAAGUCCAAAUCAUAAAGCAGACACUGACAAAGAAAAAGGCCAAAUUUUAGUUUCUGCUGGAAGAUCAGACAUGAUCAAUCUAAAUGGAAAGGUUUUAGCUAUAGAUCAUGUCAAAAAAGAAAAAGAGAAAGAAAGGGAAGACAAAAUAAGACAACAGAAGGAAAAACUGGCAGAAGAGAGACAGAAAAAGUUAGAGGAAAUGAAAGAACAACAAAGACUUGCUCAAGAAAAGAGAGAGAAACAGUUAGAACUAAGACGAUUAAAGAUAGAGGAGCUGAGACGAAGAGAUGAUGAAAGAAGGCAUGCAGUAGAAGAUAGAAGAAGACGUCAAGAAACAGAAGAAAUGGCAAGAAGAGAAUCCAUUAUCCAGAAAUCCGCAGAAAGAAUAACAAGAUUUGAACAGUGGAAAGCUAGUGGUAGAAAAGGAGGUAGUAGAUUAUCCUAUGGCUUUGGAAGUCGUACGCCGCGUGAUGUGUGUGUACCUUUCGAUCGGCGACGGUCCUCCUCACAUACUGGGCUGAGCAGGCACUCGCCAAAUGGUUCUGACUCUGACUACUAUAGACCACAACGCAGGGCUGUUUCAGCCUGCAGUGCGGUCAGACGGCACUGCUGUAUUGAUAUUAACCGCCUCACUGGGUCAUUUGGAGGCGGUACCCCACCCAAUAAGCACCUGUCCAUGUCUACAAGUGUUUUAUAUAAUAAACGCAGCUCUGAUAUCGGCGGCAGCACAGGGAACCUGAGUGUCAACAAUCGACCAGGGUCCCUCCUUGCUCUCAACACCAUCUCCGAAAAACGUCGAUCUUUUCUAGCUGGUAAUGGACCUCCCCCAACACGCCCAAAGAGCAGUAUCAACUUAAACAUGAAGGAAAACAUCAAAAUGCGAGAGAGAUCCACACCACGAAAACCACGUCCUUCUAGUGUGGCAACUUCCAUGCCAAGUUUUAUGCAUGUGGAGUCUCCAUCACCAAAGAUGAGAAGUAAAAGUAGUGAUAGAGUAAACAGAGAUAAAUCUAAAGGAGCAGUGCCACCUCAGCCUAAGUUUACACCAAAGAAGGAGAAAGAUGCUCUCAAUAAACAAGAGAAGAGCAAUGAUAAGAAAGAUGAUAAGAAGAAAUUUGACCCCAGAAUAUUACUGGCUGAAAAGAGGAAAGCUGAACAACAGAAGAAAGCAGAAGAGGCCAAAAGAGAAGGAUCGCCUGAGAAAACUGACAAAUCCAAAAUGAAGAUGUCACAGAGUUCCAUUGACAGACUUUCGGCACCGAAACAGGUCAAGGUCAAGGAAGAUACACCCACCAAACAAGAACCAGUCAAAACAACACAACAUGUCAGAAAGCCGCCUACAGUACCUAGAACUAAAACCCCAGAAGUACCUAGAACUAAAACCCCAGCAGUAUCUCGUACUAAAACCCCAGAAGCACCUCGAACUAAAACCCCAGCAGUACCUCGUACUAAAACCCUAGCAGUUCCCCGUACUAAAACCUCAGUUAAGAAGGCCAAGCCUACCAAGCAGAAAGGAAAAGAAAACAAAGAAACAUCUAUGAAAGACAAAAAGACAGAAAAGAUUUCUAGUACUGAAAAGUUGGAUAUUAAAGAAGAGGGUCUAAAACCUCGAAGCAAGCCUUCAACUCCAACAAAACAAGUUCGCUCUAAGAGUGGCAGUCCUUCUAAGAUGCAGGUUUCGUUUGAUUCCUCACUUGUUUCUUCUACUGAUGCUAUCAGCAAUGAUCAGCUUUUUGAAUCAAUAGAAGAUGAGACUCUUCCCGAUUUGGGAGAUUCUUCCCCCGACCAUUCAGCAUCAUCAGCUAGAGAGGGACUGAAAGUUGAAAAUCUAGAUGACAGCCUCAACAAAAGUAUCGAAGAAAUUCAAGACAUGGAAAUCGUGGCUGGUAACUUUGAUGGUGAGAAGGAAGGUGUUGUAGAAAAGAGCAGUUCACCAAUGCCAGAUGUUGUACCACAUGUCGAGGAAUCAAAGAACGAAAGCGAUGAGGAAAAGGUUGUCAAAUCAAUUCCCGUGAUUCUGGAGCCAGCGGUUACAUCUACUCCUUCCCGAGAGGCUAGAGACUUAUCACCUGCCUCUAAAGCUGGUACACCUGCCUCAGCCUCUAAGUCUCAGAAAGAACUAGAACUGGAGGAAUACAGAGCUAAAUUAGCUGAGAAGAGAAGGCAAGCCAGGGAAAAAGCCGAACGGGAAGCAGAAAUUGAGAGACAAAAACAAGAACAACUAAGACUUGAGGAAGAAGAAAGACAGAGAAAGGAAGAAGAAGAGGAAAAGAAAAUUGAGGAAGAAGCAGAAAGAUUGGCUGAGGAGGCUAGAAGAAUGGAGGGUGAGAGGUUGAGGAAAGCCAUUGAAGCAGAGGAACUGAGGAAAAAAGAGGAAGCUGAAAGGACUGAACAAGAAAAAUUAGCUAGGGAAGAGGCUGAGAGGAAACAAAAAGAAGAAGCAGAGAGAAUGGAGAAAGAAAGGAUAGAAAAAAUUAAGAGAGAUGAUGAGGAGAGAACAGAAAGGAAAAAGAAACUAGCUGCAAUCAUGUCCAAAGUAAAAUCAGAUAAAAAUCUGGCUUCACAUGGAUCCGAUUCAAACUUGUCCUCAAUGUCCAUGUCACAGAGUUUGACCAACCUGGUUUCCAAUGAGGAGGAACAACCCAAAGAAGAACUUACAGUCACAACAGAUUCUACUCCAAAAUUCAAAUCCCCUUUGUUACAAAAACUGGCUGAAAAUAAACAAAAUGGGGGUGAAACUCCAAAAUUCAAAUCUCCACUUUUACAAAGUUUAUUAGGAAAGAAAGGACGAUUGGCUGAAAAACUAGAAGCCGAAAAAUCUGAAACAGAAACUGACUCUGACAGAAGUGAUACAGACACAAAAGUUUCAACAGAAACAAGGGAGAUAAGUCAUAUAAGUGCUGAUUGUAAUAGUGACGCUAGUGAUAGUAGCGACAAUAACUCUGUGAUAAACGCUGAUACGUUAAACAAUGGUAUUCAUAAUGGACAUAUAAAAGAAUUGGUAGAUUCUAGUAUUAGUAUGAGAACAGUUGACUCACUGGGGACUUCAGUGACAGAUAGCUCUUUAUAUGGAAGUCUAACAGAUUCAGCGACAACAGCUGACCAUAAAUUUGAACAAAUUAUAGAUCUUGCGGUCACAAAUGCUAAAUAUAAUACAAGUGACGAUUUAUUGAACUGUAAUACUAAUAUCACUUUUGACAAUAAUCAAGAGGAAGAAACUCUACCAAAGCCCAUCAUUGCCUUCGAGGAAAAUGCAACCAGAAGACAAGAAGUCGCAGAUUUCUUAUGAAAGUGCUAAUAGUUUAGUGACUAAUGGUAUUCACUCAGACAAUUCAUUUAGUGAGGACAUGUCUGCUUCUGAAGUUAAAGACCAUAGUUCAUCAUCAACUGACACAUCUAAUGAGUCAUUCACCGAACAUGUCUACAGUGAAAACUUUGAGACGGACCCUGCAUCUCAUAAUGUUGACCAUUAUGAGAAAGACCCUAAGCAGGUGGAACUUGAUAAUAUGUGGCAGCAGCUAGAGGGAGCUAUGAUUCAAAGCCAUGAUGAAAUACGGGAGAAAUUAGUGGAAUAUGGGGUGGGAGACGGGGAUGAGGACAGCGAAUCAGAAGAGGGGCAAAUAUGGAGAAUGGUUCAGGGAGAUAGCCCUUACAUGCUUGAACUAACAUGAGAAAAAACUAGUGUAGACAUAUAGGUUUUAUGAAAUUUGUAGAUAAAUAUUUAUUCUGUUAAACUUAUUACUAACAAAACUAAAAAAAAAUGAAAUAUGGUUAUAGGAAAAAUAAGCUCUAUUAAUUAACACAUGGAAUGAAGUCAGAUAGAUAAUUUGAGAUAUCUCUAGCUAAAUUAAAGCAUGUGUUCAUUGUUGCCUUGUUCUUUUAUAAGAACAGCAGCAUUGGAACUCUUAAUGUAUAGUCUAAAGCAUUUAAACAUUGACACUCAUUUGUCUAUGCCUGUAAAUUUGGAAAUUUUCGAGAGGUUAAUUUUUCGUUUUGUAAUUUUCGAACAUUUCGCAUGGGGGUAAUUUCACGCAAAUUAUUUUUCUUUUCCUUGUAUGAUUAAAGAAUAUAUGCGUGGAGGAAGUAAGCUUUACUUCUCUAUUAGUUGUUUGCUACAAAAGCGAAAAAUUAACCCCAUGCGACAAUUUCCAAGCUUACAUUCCAAGGUUCCAUGUGCAAUAUCACCUGUGAAAUCUUUACAUUUUUAAAUCUAUUAAUAACUAAGAAUUGAUAUUAUCUGUAUAAUAUAUAAGCUAAACAAAAAAACUCACUUAAUAGUAAAAUAUUGAAAUUAAAAAUGAAUUAUUUUCUCUAAAAAGGAAUAAUUAUCUCCCUUUACAAGUUGAAUGAAUUAUGUCCCUUGUUAACAAAGUUUCACUAUUCUUCACUUAGAUUCUGUUCUGGAAAUGAAUAUCAUCAAAUAAAUUUAUUCAUUUUCUACUUGAUGACAAUAAAUCUAUUUUUUUCAAAAAGGGAAUUGAUGAAAUGGUUAUUUAUUUCUCUAUUAAGGUUUUAUUGAUGAGAUGAGAAUUUCAUUAAAUAAUUUGUCAAUAUAUCGAAAUAUACUAAAUGACAAAAUAUUCAUUUGUUAAACAACUGGAAUACAAUAAAGAAUAAGUUGCAGUUUAAUUUGAACUACAUGUCCUCACAAAAUUUCCAGAAUUUGAUAAAGUGUUGAUGCUGUACCUACAUGUAUGAUUUGUUAGUUUAAUGAAAGAAGUGCUUGAUAAAUUGAAAGACUGAGUGAUUAUUCAUGUAAUGGUUAUGAACUUUUUUGUUUUGAGAAACAUAAAUGGUUUGUUAUUGUGAACCUUGAGAUUAUGUGAUAUAAUUUUUGCUGCCACGUAUUAUAAUAAAAUUGUAUUUUUAUGAAAUUAUGACAGUUUGCCGCCAUUAUUACAUUAUUACAUUUUUUACAAACAAAGCAAUGUGAUUGUAUUUAUGAUAAAAGAGUUGAUGAGUGCUUAUAAUGUAUAUAUAAAUAGUUAGGUAUUAUUUUAAUUUGUACUGAUUUUUUUUCUUCCCCAAUAGCUUUUUGUAUCCCUGUUUAAGUUCCGCAGUAUUCUUUCUUAAAUGGACACAUGUAUUCUAGUCCCUUAUCUCUCAGGAAUAUAAAAACGAGUUCGUAGAAAAAGGGCAAAAUGGUAUUUGUCCCGUUACAAGUGAGGAAAUUCAGAUGUUAUUGAUUUGCAUGAUAAGUACACUAAGCAUGUAGAUAUUUAAAUGAAUUUUCAAGAGAAUCAGAAACGUAUGUUUAUCAUGUUUAUACUGUAAGAUUUUGUACCAGUACUUCUUUUCAUAAUAAUUUUGCUAUUUUGAAGGAGAUUCGAUUGAAUUCCAAUUAAUUUUUUUAACAAAUUACAACUAUUGUUAUCCUUAAUUACAGUAGGGCCAAUCCAUUGCUAAUUCAUGAUCAUAGAGUUACAAUUUACAAUAUUUGUGUGAAUUCUUCAUAAGAAAUUAACUCAAUUCAGUACUUAUAUUCUAUUUGCCAAAAUUUUAGAAUCCAAAUGUUCAUUAUUGGUAUUUAAAAAUAAAAAGAGCACUGGUUUGAAAUAAGUAGAGUAUACUUCCAUUAAAGAAGUAUUGGUAAAAAGAUUUACAGUAUACAUACAAGUUGAAAUUCUAAAAUGAAAUCAAAACUUUUUUAUAAAAUUUUUGUAGUUCCUAAAGUCCAAUUUUAUAACAUGUCAUGAUUUCCAAAGCAUUCACAUUUAUCAAGAAUACGGUUGAGUACAGUUAUAGUCUACAAAAGUUAAGGUGAUAUCUUUUUUGUUCUCUGAUGUGCUCAAAUACUUUUGUUACUGGUAUAUCUGUAUUUUUGUGAUGCAUAUGUAAAUGUUUAUGCAAAUGUGUGUGUCCCAUCAUUUGUUUAUGUUAAUUUACAUGUAUGUUUUACAUAUGUAUAAAGUGCCGUUUUAAAGUUUCUUAGAAGAAGCGAUUUUGGCAUUCAUCCAUGAAAUUUUAACAGAAUUGUGCUAUUUGGUUGUGCAUUGUAAAAUCACUGAUGCUAGUAUGAAUCAACUUUUGUGCAUGCAUUCACUGUGGAAAAAUAUCACAUAUAACAGUGAUGGUGUCCAUUAAGAAAGAAACCAUUAAUUAUUGUAUUUGCAUAUUCUUUAUUUAAAGUAAAAAGCUUUAAGAAAAAAAGAAUAUGAAAAAAUCAUUAAAAAAAUAUAUAAAAAUUUAAUAAAUUAUAAAAAUUUCAAAUAAAUAAAAACUUGUGAAAAAAGUAAUCAAUAUAAAAAGCAAAGAUAACAUUAAAAAAAUAAACAAGUUAUUAAUGCAAAAAUGUGAAAAUUAUCACAUUAUGCAUUUAGAAAAAAAUGCAUGAUGAAUAAGUUAGUAUCUAACUUUGCCAUUUAAGAAUGGCAUGGAUAGUGGACAAGCUCACCAAAGGUGCUUUACAACUUCAACUAUUAUCAUAUUUAAAAAAAUAUCUAAAAUCUUAGUGUUUGUCAAAGUUUUGUAGUGUAACUUUUCUUUUGUUCACAUACAUUGUAUUCUGAAGUGUCUACAGGAGGGUUUAAAUUAAAAUAUAAUAUACUCAACUAAACCUGUUUAAUGGUAUAUAAGAUCUAACCAAUAUUCAUUCAUAUUUCAUUUACAUGUUUUAUACUGAUUUUGUACGCUAUUUAUAUCUGUGUAUGUACAAGAAACACUAAAGUUAAUACAGUUUUCUGUAUGUUUCUGUCUGGUGGGCAGUUCCAUUUGUUUGCUUGUCCACAAUAUGUCUUCAGACUCAAUAAAAGAUGAAAAGCUCAAA